CUUUUAAAUAUAUUUUUACCAACAUUUUUUUUUAAAAUCCUUGACAGCAUCAAGUACAUUAGUAAAACGAAAGUCAAAACAAAUGUAAAUAAUAGCUAAAACCAAUCCUUCUUCGAACUUAUAGUAUUUAAUUUGUAGCCUGAUGCAGCCACUGGAUUCUCAGGUGUUAGCUGUACGCACUUAUGAUAUAUGUUACUAUCACAUGAUGUUUGUUUGACGUUUUAAAAAGUACCUAAAAACCAACUUCAGCAAUUUAUUGGAUAGUGAAAAAUGGGUGCUAUUCACUGGAAAGGUGGUUGAUAAUACCCUUCAUGAAUCUGGCAAACUCUGUUUGGUUGAUCAUCCCUCUUCAUCAAUGAUCAUCAAUCUUGAUGAUAAUACGUAUGUGGGCAAAGAAAUGUUUACAGCGAAUGAAUUAAACGAGAUGUAUUUGAAAAGUGUAAUGGAAUUUGAAGUACCAUUGCCUAAAGAGCUAGCAGAUUUUAUAAACAAAUUCAAUUGUGAUACAAUACCUGAGGUUCGAAAGCAACUUUUAGUAAUAGAAGAAUGGGAGAAGAACUACAGUAUUGAAGAAUUUCACGAUCUUGACUGGAUAAAGUUUACUGUAUAUUCUUUUGUUAGUAAACAUUUUAUGUUACUGUUCUAAUCAAUAAAAUCAUAAUAUUAAC